CCGAGGGAGCGGCUCCUCCACAAAGGAUCCUGUUUCCCCCAGAGAAGAUUCGCAUGGCCUGGCAGCAACAACAGAGAGUUGGAGCGGGGCUCGACAACCUGGGCAACACGUGCUUCCUCAACUCCGUCCUGCAGUGCCUGACGUACACACCCCCUCUGGCCAACUACCUGCUCUCUCGGGAGCACAGCCAGUCGUGUCGUCAGCAAGGCUUCUGCAUGAUGUGCACAAUGGAAGAGCACGUUAACAUCGUCCUGCGUUCCUCAGACAGCGCCAUCCAGCCUACGGCUGUCGUCAGUGUUCUCACACGCAUAGGAGAACAUUUCCAGCUUGGCGUGCAGGAGGACGCCCACGAGUUCUUACGCUACACGGUCGAUGCCAUGCAGAGGGCUUGUCUGAGUGGCAGCAGCGAGUAAGCAAAUUGCCUCUCCAGUGUUCCGAAGCCCUUCGCACUCCUUCACGUAACCCCGUCAAGGAAAACCUGUGCCCAGGGUUUUCAGGCCAAGUAAAACUCCUGGAGGAGAUAACUCUCUGCCGCCUUACCAUUUA